AUGUUUCAAUCUUUCCUCUUCCUCGCCACCCUUUUGGGGUUGGUCGGUAUUGUACAGGCCGACAACCCCAUUGUUCAAACCAUCUACACGGCGGAUCCAGCUCCUCUUGUUCAUGACGGCCGAGUUUAUCUUUUCACCGGCCACGAUGAAGACGGCUCAACUAACUUCGAUAUGCGCGACUGGCGCCUCUUUUCGUCUGCGGACAUGGCCAACUGGCAGCAUCACGGCUCACCCAUGGAUCUCUCAGCAUUCAGCUGGGCUAGCAGAGAUGCUUGGGCUGGACAAGUCAUUCAUCGAAACGGCCUGUUCUACUUUUACGUGCCAGUCACCAACGGCGCUACCGGGAGUAGGGCCAUCGGCGUCGCCGUGAGCGAGAACAUCACGGGUCCUUUCCGAGACGCGAUUGGGAAACCGCUCGUUGAAAACGGACAGAUAGACCCUACCGUCUUCAUCGAUGAUGAUGGCCAGGUGUACAUGUACUGGGGCAACCCUGACCUGUUGUAUGUGAAGCUUAAUGAGGACAUGGUCUCCUACGGCGGCGAUGUUACCAAGGUUGAACUCACCAUCGAGGGCUUCGGUGAACGGAUCGGUAACCCUGAUCGCAACACUACAUUCGAGGAAGGUCCAUGGCUGUACAAACGCGAUGGAUUGUACUAUCUGAUAUAUCCGGCCAACUGUUGCGCCGAGGAUAUCCGAUAUUCCACUGGACCCAGUGCCACUGGCCCCUGGACAUAUCGUGGUCUCAUCAUGCCCGCCCAAGGUGGAAGCUUCACGAACCACCCGGGAAUCGUCGAUUUCGCUGGCAACUCCUAUUUCUUCUACCACAAUGGGGCCUUGCCCGGAGGAGGUGGCUUCACUCGCUCAGUGGCCGUUGAAAGCUUCGUCUACAGCUCGGAUGGUUCGAUUCCUGAGAUGAACAUGACGACCGAAGGGCCGGCGCAAGUCGGUACACUAGACCCCUUCAUCCGCCAAGAGGCAGAGACUAUUGCCUGGUCUGAAGGUGUCGAGACCGAGACGAUCACAGGCGGCGGCAUUCAGGUCUCUUACAUCGAUAAUGGCGAUUUUAUCAAGGUUAAGGGGGUUGCUUUCGACAGUGGCGCAGAGAGCUUUACAGCUCAAGUUUCUUCGGCUACAGGCGGCGGUGAUAUCGAGCUGCUUCUUGACAACAUAGCAGGCACGCUCAUUGGAGUUUGUCACGUACCAGGAACUGGAGGCUGGGAUGCUUGGGUCAACGUGUCUUGCCCCGUGAGUGAUGCUGUCGGCACUCACGACUUGUUCUUUCGAUUUACCGGAGCCGAGGAGACCUUUCUAUUCAACAUUGACUGGUGGCAGUUCGAGUAA